AUAAAAUGCUUACCCCCACUUCUCAAGAAAGAACGGCUACUAAUUCGUUGCUUGAAAUUAAUGAAACCUGAUCAAUUCCUCACAUCACCAAGAAAAACAACAAAGAGAUGUGAACAAUAUCCCCUUGGGAUGACUCAUUCGAUUCCAUUGUUGAUAAGCCCAGGAAGAAACUAAAGAAAAAUCAUAAAUCGAAGAAGUACUAGUUCCACUCUCCCAUUGGCUCAAAGAGUAAAAUUGGCCGGAUUAAGAAUAAUAGAGGAGAGGAUGAAAAUAUGUUAAUUCCUGUUCACUCUCAUACACAGAUAUAACCAUCUCCCAGGUUGUGAAUAGACUCCAUAACAGUAAAAAGCGAAUCAAAACGAAAGAUACACAAGAUGGGUCAAAAGAAGAUACCUCAGAAGUCCAAGAAGUUAUCAAAAUUCCUGAGCCUGAGAAGAAAAUUGACCCAAGGAUGGUGUUCCGUGAGCUAUGCCACAAAUCUUCCCAAAAUUUCUCUAAAAUUCAGAAAGAUCUCGACAGCUUGGUUAUCAUCAACAGAUUUCAUGAAGCUAAAUUUCCAGAAGCUAAGCCUAAAUUUAAGAAUAUAAAACGUAAAUAAAUUUUCUCUCAAUAAGAUGUUGAUGAAAAGCCAGACUCAGAAGAACUUCAAGAAUAGCAUCAUUAAAAGUAAUGAUGAAAGACUGUCUAACCAGUAUAACCCUGAAUCGAUUAUCAGCAGAGAAUCUACUCCUUCUGAGUUCCCUCUGGUUAAAUAAUGCAGUGAAAUUCUUACUAGGAGGAGAUAAGAGAACUCAGAUAAAGUCAUCAUCAAGGAAUAUUUUCUCUCCUCUUUCUCUUGGAAGUCCCUUCAACAAAAACAGGGAGGUCAAAUCGCCUAAACUAGAGCCCUUAAACACCAUAUGUACACCUCUAAGGGCAUUAGAUGUGAUCCAAAGCCCUAAGAGGAAGAAAGAAAAGUUAAAACCUAUUAACAAGAAGCAGCCAAAGACAGUUAAGAGUCAUGAUUUGGACGACCAGAACAAGGGUUGUACUAAGUUGAGAAAACCUCAGAAAUUAUCUCUAUAAAAAGUAUUUCAGUCAGGAAUUCUGAAUUGACCCAGACAAUAAAGGAGAGACAGAACUUAUUCUCCCCAUGUAUCCAAUCAGAAAGCAGGUUUAUUUCUCCUUCUAUGAACAAGAGGGAAACUUCACCAGGUCUUACUUGGAAGGACUAUAUCAGCAAGAUGAUGGUUGAAACGAUGAUAAAGGAUAACUUAUAUAAAGGGAAAAAGCACAUAUAAGUACAUAUGCAAUGGGAUCGCUAAACUAGAAAGAUCUCGUGUUUU